AUGGCCACGCCGGCGUCGCAAUCCACGGGGCGAAUCACACAGCGUCCAUGCUUUUUUGGCAACCCUGAGAAGACGAAGUCCAGCAUAUUGUCUGUAGGGAGGUGCAACAAUGGUGGAGGCCGUGGUGGCAGGAACAUCAGAUGUGCUAAUGCAGUUAAUGGAGCCGUCAAGAUCAAUGGAAAGGCGGCGAAUGUUCGCAGUUCAGCAGCACAACCAGUUACCGUGGACAGCGACGACACCUUCAGGCUAGGCAAAUUCGUGGAAGGAAGGCUAGUGUACAGGCAGAGGUUUGUGAUCCGAUCCUACGAGAUCGGGCCUGACCGGACUGCCACCAUGGAGACUCUUAUGAACCUCUUGCAGGAGACAGCGCUGAACCAUGUAAUGAGCUCUGGGCUAGCUGGGGAUGGAUUUGGGGCAACACGGCAGAUGAGUCUCAGGAAGCUCAUCUGGGUCGUGACAAGAAUCAACAUCCAGGUCGAUAAGUACAGCCAGUGGGGUGAUGUGGUCGAGAUCGACACGUGGGUUGCAUCGUCCGGGAAGAACGGCAUGCGUCGAGAUUGGAUCAUCCGAGACCGCAGAACGAAGAAAAUGAUUGCAAGAGCUACAAGCAACUGGGUGAUGAUGAACAGAGAGACGAGAAAGCUGUCCAAGAUCCCUGAAGAGGUCAGGGAGGAGGUGCUGCCCUUCUACCUGGACAGGAACAUCAUUGCCGGUGACAACCACAACCCCAGCCCCAACCGCAGGAUCGAAAAGCUCACCGACGCGACAGCGGAGAGCGUACGAUCGGGACUAGAACCGAGAUGGAGCGACAUGGAUGUUAACCAGCACGUGAACAAUGUCAAAUACAUCGGGUGGAUUCUGGAGAGCGUGCCACUGAACGUGCUCGUCGAAUACCACCUGACGAGCAUCACGCUCGACUAUCGCCGUGAGUGCCGUCAGUCGCAGCUCCUGGAGUCCCUCACCACCAUGUCUUCGACUGGGAUGCUGUCGCCGAGCCUGUGCAGCGGUGACCUGCAGAGCACGCAUUUGAUCCGGCAGCAGGACGACAAGGCCGAGAUCGUCAGGGCGCGUGCAGAAUGGCGCUGCAAGGAGCACCACUGAGCAGUUGAGACGCUUUUAUGUGUAGCUUAGUCGUGUAAUAUCUUUUUCCUCAUUGC